AUGACACUGGACCUGAAGAUUCCUUGCUCGGAGACCUUUAGGAUAGCCGAAACCCUCGGAAACGCAGUGACCAUCCAUGAGUGGAACAUCGCUGGUUUGCCAGUCGAUAACUUCUCCACGGACAAUGGAAUUAUUGUCUCCAAUUCCAACCGAUGGUCGUUAUGCAUUGAUCCACAAGGUCAGGCAAACAAGUGGAUCCGCAACAUGGAGAAGGACAAGAACAUCCACGUAAUUCGCAUGACCGACGCCAAUUAUAUGCGCACCUUGGAAAACGCGAUUCAAUUCGGUUGGCCCGUGCUACUUGAAAAUGUAGGCGAAAGUCUGGAUCCAGUUUUGGAACCCAUCUUGCAGAAACUCAUCUUCCGUCAAAGUGGCAGUGAUUAUAUCAGGCUGGGUGAAGACGUGCUGGAGUACAACAAUGACUUCAAGUUCUACAUAACUACUCGCCUCCGCAAUCCGCACUAUGUGCCCGAGAUAUCUGUCAAAGUAUGCCUCAUCAACUUCAUGAUUACUCCAAUCGGUUUAACUGACCAACUGCUGAGUAUCGUCGCUGCAAUGGAGAAGCCUGAACUCGAAGCGACGAAGAAUCAAGUGAUUUUAGAGUCAGCAGAGAAUAUACGGACCCUGAAGGAGUUGGAGGACAAGAUCCUGGUGGUGUUAAGUGCCUCCGAGGGCAACAUUUUGGAAGAUGAGACAGCGAUCAACAUCCUCUCCUCCUCCAAGACCCUCUCCGAGGAGAUUCAGGUGAAACAAGAGGUAGCGGAAAAGACCCAGGUGGAAAUCGAUGCCACUCGCAGCGGCUACAUCCCUGUGGCCAACCAUGGAGCAAUCCUCUUCUUCUGUAUCGCUGACCUCGGCAACAUUGACCCGAUGUAUCAGUAUUCACUCACGUGGUUCGUCAACCUCUUUAUCAUGCCACCUCAACUUCACUGUAUUCCAAUUUUCGCAAGACGUGUCUGUAGGAUCACCAUUGCAGUUUAUCCACCAGAUCCACGAAUCAUUGCGUACGCAGCCAGCGCACGCGCUCGUGAAUAUGCAGUGAUGUGCCUGUUCCCUUCCACUGGUAGAGGCGAGGUGGAGGACAUUUAUUGGCGAUUCUUCCUCACUGGUGGGGUGGCUCUUGAGAAUCCGCAUCCAAAUCCUGCACCGGCAUGGCUCAGUGAGAAAAGUUGGUCGGAAAUUGUGCGAGCCAGUGAUCUACCCACUCUCGAAGGCCUCAUGAAAAGUGUGAAAAGUGAUCCAAAUCGGUGGAAGGCGGUGUACGAUAGUCCAGCGCCACACGAAGCCGCCUUCCCGGCUCCCUUUGAAAAGACCCCGGACAUGUGUAGGCUCAUCCUCGUGCGCUGCCUUCGCUCAGACAAGGUUAUCCCUGCCGUGCAGGACUUCAUAGAGCGGCAUAUGGGUCGCCAAUUUCUAGAACCACCGGCUUUCGAUCUGGCAGGCAGUUACAAGGACUCCAAUUGCUGUACUCCACUCAUUUUCGUUCUUUCGCCGGGCGCAGACCCUUUGAACGCGUUGAUGCGCUUCGGAGCGGACCGCGGCAUCCGGCCUACGGACAUACAGACAAUUUCGCUGGGUCAGGGCCAGGGACCCCUGGCUGAGCGACUCAUCAACACGGGCAUCACAGAGGGCGCCUGGGUAGUGCUGCAGAACUGCCACUUGGCAGCCAGUUGGAUGCCCUACCUAGAGAAGAUCUGUAAUGAAGUUAUCGUGCCAGAGAAGACGCAUACUGAUUUCCGUCUGUGGCUCACGUCAUACCCCUCUGAGGACUUUCCCGUCUCCAUUCUCCAAAAUGGUAUUAAAAUGACAAACGAGCCGCCGAAAGGUCUUCGUUCGAAUCUUCUACGCUCCUAUUCUACAGAUCCGAUUUCUGACAUGUCCUUUUGGAAUAAUUGCAAUAAGCUUCAAGUUUGGCACAAAAUGGUAUAUGGCCUGUGCUUCUUCCACGCCCUCGUUCAAGAACGUGUCAAGUAUGGUUCGCUUGGAUGGAAUAUCGCCUAUCAAUUCAACGACUCAGAUCUGCGAAUCAGUGUCCGCCAACUUCAGAUGUUUCUCAACGACUACGACGACCUCCCACUGGACGCACUGAAGUACCUCACAGGGGAGUGCAACUACGGUGGCAGGGUGACGGAUGAAAACGACCGCAGAUGUCUGGUCUCCCUAUUGAACAUCUUCUACAACCAUGAUCUUGUGACGCAAGACAACUACAGUCUCUCACCAUCAGGAUUGUACACGGUUCCUCCGGAAGGGAACUAUGAGAGUUACCUGGAAUUCAUUCGAACUCUUCCGAGUCUGCCGAGUCCUGAACUUUUCGACGCCAUCUUGCUGACGCUGCCGCGGGAAUCAGGCGGUGGCGAGAAGUCCGCGGAGACGACAGUCAGUGAUUUGGCAUUGGACAUCCUGAACAAGCUGCCAGCUGAGGAUUUUGACUUGUACACAGUGAUGAAACGCUAUCCUGUGGUCUACACGGAGUCCAUGAACACUGUGCUGCGGCAGGAGUUGAUCCGCUUCAAUACCCUCACUGCGGUGGUGCGCAGCAGUCUGCAGAGCCUCUUGCGUGCCAUUGAGGGCCUCGUGGUGAUGUCGGCGGAGUUGGAGGAAGUGUAUGCCUCCAUGCUUGUGGGCAAGGUGCCCGCUGUCUGGGCUGCCAAGUCAUAUCCCUCACUGAAACCCCUUGGGAGCUAUGUAGUUGAUUUACUAGCAAGGCUUAAAGAUCCACUCACCUAUUUAUCGGAUUUAAAUUCAUUUUCCUUACACGGCAUAUUUUUCAUGCCUUCAAACAACGGAAAUAGACUGAACUUCUUCAACGAAUGGAUCACCUUCGACUCACCACCAGUGUUUUGGAUCUCGGGCUUCUACUUCACACAGUCCUUCCUUACCGGCGUGCUGCAGAACUUUGCGCGCAAGUACACAAUUCCCAUUGACAUGGUCGGCUUCGACUUUGAAAUGAAGCGUGUCUACAUCACUAGCGUUCUCGAGCCCCCCGCCACCUCGGCCCAUGCAGAGGCUGCAGAAUCGAACGAGGAAGCAGCACGCGAGCAGGCACAACCUGAUACUACCUUUGGCGUACCACAGCGACGCAACACCUUCCAUGGACUGACCAAACCUGAUAAUGGUGCUUUUAUCACGGGCCUCUUUAUGGACGGCGCGAGGUGGGAUUCGGAGGCUGGAGUUGUGGUGGAGUCGAAAACGAAGGUCCUCUUUGAUGCCAUGCCUGUAGUGAGUUGA